AUGACUACCAGCCAAGGCCCUUUUCAAUUUUUUUCUGGGUCCCUCAGGGGUAGUUCAGGGUGUGGUUUGGCCCAGCAAGGACCUUCUUACAGACCUUCGAGUGCAGAUGGUGGUGCCAGCAGCACACAUACGUCCUUCUCCUGUGCCAGACCCCUCUGGCUGGCUACUGGAGGAGGGGCACCUUGGGGAGGCUUCGGCGAGCACCCUGGGGAAAGCAUCUUCCUGGGUGGGAAUGAGAAACAGACUAUGCAAAACCUGAAUGACCGUUUGGCUGCUUAUCUGGACAAGGUCCGUGCCCUAGAAGCAGCCAACGCUCAGCUGGAAAGCUGCAUCCUAGAGUGGCACAAGAGAAAGUCUCAUGGAAAGAGGCAUGACUUCAACCAAUACGAGCAAAACGUCACUGACAUGCAAAGACAGAUUGAGGAUGGCAAGAUCACCAAUGCCAGUAUCCUUUUACAAAUUGAUAACGCAAACAUGGCAUCUGAAGACUUCAGGCUCAAGUACGAAGCAGAGAAGGCUCGCAGGCAGGGAGUGCAGCUCGAUGUUGAGAACCUGCGUAAGGAGCUCGACGGCCUGACCAUCGUUACAACAGAUCUGGAAAUGGAAAUCGAAGGCUUGAGAGAGGAGCACAUCCUCAGGAGGAAAGACCAUGAGGAGGAUAUGGAAGCAAAUCGCUCAUCCCAAGACUUCAAAGUCAACGUAAAAGUAAAUGCAGCACCUCCUGAAGACCUAGCCAAGAUUCUAGCAGAAAUAAGAGAAGAUUAUGAAGCCAUAAUUGAAAAGAAUCGCCAGAGCCUGGACAGCUGGUACAAAGAACAGAGCGCAGCUAUGUCUCUGGCAGCAACCCCUAACCCAGAACAGAUACAGCGCAAUGAGAACGAGAUCAAGGAUCUAACACGUACUUUACAGUCCCUGGACAUCGAGCUGCAGGCACAGAUGAGUAAGAAACACAUGCUGGAAGACACCUUGGCUGACACUCGGAAUUACUACGCUGUUGCGCUUCAAAACAUGCAGCAGAUCAUCUCCAAAUGUGAGGAAGAGCUAAGCCAGGUUCGACAUGACAUUAAGCAGCAAAAUAACCAAUACAAGGUUCUUCUUGGGAUCAAAACUCGCCUGGAGAAGGAAAUUUCCACUUACCGCCUGCUGCUGGAAGGGAAUGCUGACGGGAUAGCAAGAAAAUCUGAAUCAAAAGCUAAAGGUAAAAGUCCCUCAUUUUGUUCUCUAUAG